UCAUUCGUGAAUAUUGAUCGACAGUUGGUAUUACUGAACGGAACUGCCUGCUGUAUCGACCAAUAGCAAUGCGGCAUUUGUAUUCUGUUUCACUUCACCACUCAGAAAUUGAACAUUCCAAAGGCCGGUCUCCUCCCUCUCGGUGUUCUUUGUUGUCGCUCGCCGCACCCAAAUAAAACACAAAAUGCUGUCCGCCGCCAGAUUGAUCGCCCCUGCAGCCAGGUCUGCCAUCUUCAGCAACACAGCCCUCGUGCGACCACUGGCUGCCAUCCCCUCCAACACACAUGUUGUCCCUGCUGCUCCAGCUCAGCUGUCAGCAGUGAGGUCCUUCCAGACCACCUCGGUCACCAAGGACAUUGACUCUGCGGCUAAAUUCAUUGGUGCUGGCGCAGCGACAGUGGGAGUAGCUGGCUCUGGCGCGGGAAUCGGAACGGUGUUCGGCUCCCUGAUCAUCGGUUACGCCAGGAACCCCUCCCUCAAGCAGCAGCUGUUCUCAUACGCCAUCUUGGGUUUCGCCUUGUCUGAGGCUAUGGGUCUCUUCUGUCUUAUGAUGGCGUUCCUGCUGUUGUUCGCUUUCUAAGCUACUUACUUUUAAGAACACUACUACUGCCAUCCCACAUGACGAGGUUUCAGUGAAUACUAUCUGGAGUGGACGGCCAUGGAAUCGAAUGUGUGGAAACCUCACCCUCAUAGUGAUGCAUGGACUGAUGUGUAUAAGUGUUACACUUACCAGUGCGCGUCAUCAGGAAUGCAAUUUAUUUAAUUAUGUAGUAUAAAAGAAAAUCUGCAAAUAAAAUGUUGUACGUAAACAUUACGUUGAUGCUACUGUUUUUUCUAUUCCUGAUAUUGUAGACUGUUCUGAAUCAUGUUAAACAAUUAGCUUCAUGUCAAAAGUCGGCGACAAUAUUAUUUUGAGCCAGUGAUUGCGUAUAUUUGCGUGAGUAUUGUCAUCGAUUUUUGUAGUGAGUUUAUCCUGUUCGAGAAUGUCGGCAUCUGUAUUGUACAUUUUUAGGGCGAUUAAAUGAUACAAAACCAAAA